CUAGAAAUAAAAUUAUUUAUUAUUUAUUUUUUUCUUCACAAGGCGGGUUCGGGAUGGGGCAUCCUCGCCCCGUCCCGGCCCCGCCAACCCGUUCGGGACCAGUUUUUUCCCUCCAUUCGGGGGCGGGCUAAGUUGACAUCCCUAAUAUGGAUGUGAGCUACAUUUGAAGUUUUGAAGAAAGAAAAAGACUAAUUUUCACUAUAAAGAUUGAGGCUUGGCCCAAAGAUAACUAUGAGACCUAAAAUAGGGCCCAACCAUCAGGCCCAAGGUAGAAUCUGGAUUUAAAGCCGUAUAAAUAUUGAGAAAAUACAAAAUAAUUCAAUAUUCACCCCCACAAUUUUCCCUUCCCAAUCCAAAUUCCUCAGCUAGAAAACCCAGAAUUUUCAAUUUCCACCUGAAUUUGAGGUGCAGAAUUAACUUAAACACUCCCAAUGCCUAAUUUCUUAAUGACGUGGGACGAGUUUUACCACUUUUUCCAACACAAAGAAGAAGAAUCGGAAGGCGACAAUGACAUGAACUUCGAUUUUUCUUCAGUUUUACCCAAGCCCAAGGAUUUUUAUAAUAUAUUGGAAGUUGAUCAUGAUGACACAGAAGAAGUUAUUCGGUCCAACUAUAUCCGUCUUGCUUUGUUUUUGUUUUUCGGUUUCAUUGGGUAGAAAUGUCAUCCGGAUAAGAAAAAAGAUGAAGAUAGUGCGACUUCAAGAUUCCAAGACAUUAAUGAGGCUUACCAAGGUAUUUCGUCUUCUUUUUUCUUGAUAAAUUGUGUAUUAUGUUUAAAAUAUUAUAUGGUUCAAUUAUUAAUCAAUCAAGGGGCAUUUUUAAGAAUAUUCAAUUUUUAGGGUACGAGUUGAAAAGUGUCCAUCCAUUUGAAUUUUGUGUCAACUGUCAACUUAUCUAUUAUGCUCUUAAUGAAAAGUUACAUUUUAAAAUGGUAUUCUCGACAUUUUAAAUGUCGUUCUCGAUAUUUGAUUUUUUUUAUCAAUUUUUCACGAAUUUUGAGAAGUGUCUUCCAUGAAAAGUUACAUUAAACUAAUGUUUCUCAACAUUUCAUAUGUAAUUUUCGACAUUUAAAAAUCGUUUCAUUUGUCUAGAAUGACAUUUCAUUUUGAACAUGACAUUUCUCUAUAUUUAAAAAAGUCGUUCUCGACAUUUCUGAAUCAAUGAAAAAUAUAGC